AUGAAUACGAAUGAAGUCAUAUCCAGCGAUUCGCAUCAAUUGAAAGAACAAUUAAGUUUUUUGGAAACACUAAGGCGAAAAACACAAUCACUCGUGGAUUGUAAAGCAGCACUGCUAUCAAAAACCGAGAUUCUCAAUAGAAAGAAGGAUUUAUUAGAAGAAACGAUCAUGGAAAAACAACGACUACAACGAGAAAAAAGAGUUCUACAGGAAAUGCUACAGAGUAUUAACCAAGAUCUCACUUCGAUAGGUGAGGCUGAGAAUGCAUUAACGAAGGAAAGUCGGGAACUAGAACAAUCUGUUGAAAGGAUCAAAGACGAACAAUAUGAGCCUUUACACGAUCAAGUCAAUGAGUUACGAACGAAGAAUGGUUUACAGAAACUCCCUCACAUCAACCAAGAAUUAGAAGCUCGAAUGGCAAAGAUUUUGGAAGAAAGACGAGUUAAAUGGCAGCAACAAGAGAGCGAAUCAUCGUUCGCGUCUGCAAAAAAACGAUGCAGUGGCAGAUCAAGAAGAGACAGAGGCUAA